AUGGCAAACAGUAUGUGCCUCGCGUCCUCAAGACUCAGUCUUCCUACCCUGUUGCGAAAUGUCUUUCGCUCUGAGUUCGCCGCCGAUCUUGGACCUCGUUCUGAGUACAAAAGUCUCCUCACCGUGCAACGACCACACUUGGCCUAUCGCAGGAUCAGAGGGGCUCGACAGUUCAGCUCGCUGACUCUGGCCGACCAUAUACCUACUUCAUCCAAACAACCAUAUACGCCUUCAAGCGCUGCAAAUGGUAGCAGUGUGCCACAACCGGACGAACCAGCCAAGUCUGGCGCCGGCGAAAUAACAGCAUCAGGCGAUCCGUCUGAGAUUGUCGACUCUUCGCCUCGCGCCGAUUCUGCGAAAAAUAAGAAAGCGUCUGCAUCAGAAGAAACGGUCGGUCCAAAGCCAGCUGCAAACAAGUCCUCGGAUGAUAAGAAACGCUCACAAGCCCCUCGAACAUCCGGUCUUUCUGUCCUCUCCAAGUCGAAGAAAAAGAAAGAGCCGUGGCAAGUUCAAAAGGAUGCUCUGAAGAAGAAAUUCAAGGAGGGCUGGAAUCCGCCGAAGAAGCUAUCGCCCGACGCGCUGGAAGGGAUUCGUCACCUACACGCUGUUGCACCGGAUCGAUUCACCACUCCUGUGCUAGCUGAGCAGUUUCAGGUCUCUCCGGAAGCAAUCAGACGGAUCUUGAAGAGCAAAUGGCGGCCUUCGCCUGAAGAAACGGAAAAAAGACGGGAGCGGUGGGAAAGAAGACACGAUCGCAUUUGGAGUCAGAUGUCUGAGCUGGGUCUCAGGCCUCCAAAGCGCCGCGCAGAUAAAUUCUCGGACGCCAAGGUGUUGUAUGAUAAACCUCUGUGA